GGCGGAUAUAUAACCCCCGCAGCCCAUCAAAGUACCGAGCUAUUCACUAUCAACUGCAUCAGAAACAUUCCUACCUAUUGUACUAGAGUCAAUUGAUCAAAAUGACCGUCUACCAUAUCGUCCUCUUCCGCCUCAAACAAGGUGUGACACCCGCACAGGUGCAGACCUGGACGACCAUCGCCGAAGGUAUGGUCGGCAAGAUCCCGGGCUUGGUCUCGCUCAAGGCCGGCGGGCCGCUUCCGAUCUGUGUCCCCCGCGCCAAGGGUUUCGAUAUGGGGCUUGUUGCUGUGCUUGAGAAGCCUGGUGAUCUGGAGGGGUAUGCGACGCAUCCGGCGCAUUUGGAGGUGCAUAAGAUGAGGGAGGCGUUGUGUGAGGAGACGUUGGCUUAUGAUAUGGAGUUUUAGGGUUGAAUAUACAUUGUCUGGGACGAGAUACGGAGGCUGAGAUGCAAUUGGUAUGUGGUUUCCAAGAUUCGAGGAAACAAGCAAUGGUAUUGUAUUGGUACUUUUGCCCAUCCGGAUUGAAAUUGAACUCAAACAUAGCAAGCAAACAAGCAAAUGCAAUAGAAUGCAAUAGAUCAUUACUCCUUCGUGUCAACCUUCUUGGAAGGGUGGUCGCCAUUCGCGUCUUCAUCACGGGU